CCAAGCGUCCAAUAGCUCAUGCUACCCCGCAUCUACAUGGGGACAGGGUAGUUCCUGGAACCUUCUCAGUCCGGGGCUGCGAUAUGGGCGCCAGCGGUUCUCUCUUUUGAAGGGCCCGAGCGGCGUCCAUCGUCACCUGCGAGCUGCAAUCCACAUCAACUGCGCAGCGAGUCCCUUACCCACGAUGCUACCACCUGACACAGACCCAGACCCAUCCAGGGCCGAAGAAAGACCGUCGGCGGAAGCUGAAGAGAGCGUACAGGCAAGCCCUUCCCAACCAGAUGCGCAGAGACUGGAAUCAUACGGUUCUAUGGACUUCAGCAUUCAGUCCCUGCUCUCCGGGGGCGGUCACCUUCAGACGUUUCGCAAACGAUCGGUAUGGUCCAGACGCAAUGGAGAUGGAUAUGGUCACAGAAGGGAGAUAUAUGAGGAAGACGGACUACAGGAAUCACCAUUCGACGUUGCUGUCGUGCACUUCACGUUUCUCAUUGGCACGGCGUUAUUGCUUGUGACUGCCCUAGCUUCUAUGCUUCUGAUGCUCAACGUUGUAAUCCCAAUACCGACGCUCCUUCCGCCACAUCGCUCCCCGUCACUCCUCUCGUUCUGGCUUUUCCUUGUCUCGCUCCUUAUCUUGCUGCCGUCGCUCUUCGCAUUCGAAUUGCACCCACAAUUGCACAACAUAACCUCAGCGCUGCACACCACAAAUGCAUUCUUUCUUUUGAUCCUGCUCACGCUGAUCUGCGCUUUGCAGGUGUACAGAGAAGGCGAGCUGGCGCUAGCGCUACCUGCCGCCGCCUUGGCCUGGAUAAGCUGUGCCUGGGCAUGGGCUGCGGGCCGCAUUUGCGAGCAUGUGCGCAAGGAAUACAGGACAUCGAGGCCUCCUCGCGCCUUUCACGAGCAGGAGGAUGGGUUACAGCUUCCAUCUGGAGCUUCGCUCAACCCGGCGCACUCGCGAGACGGGGUACCGCAUGUGAGCAUCGACGCGGAACGAGAACCGCUCCUCGGCACACCCUAUAUUGCGACUUUUGCACUCCCCGAGGUGCCUUUCAAGAGCAAGAUCCACACAUCGCUCAGGCUCUUUCUCAUCACGAUUCUCACUACUUCCGUCACGGCUGUGCUGCUGAUGCUACUCUUUGACGUUGCGCUGACUGGCGCCGACAGCGGUUUUGCACCAGCCGAGGACUUAGGAACAAGAGUGUGGAUUGACCUUCGCGCGGCCAAACGGCAAGCGCAUGGCGAGCAAGUGCAUGGAAUAGCGUCUGUCGGAAAGAGGACAAGCAUUAAGGAUUUCCGCGUACACAUCAAAUGUGAGAGCUCUUCGGAUUCGACCUAUCAUGGCCAGAGGACCUGGCAAGCAACGGCAAAAAAACCUCCCCCGAAGCAUCCGCAUCCGCCAAAUUUGCGGCCAACUGCACUUGUCAUGACUGAGCGUGGUGUAUCCGGUGUACCUGGUGGUGCGUGGCUGCGCGCUCUAGUCGCCCACGCCCGCAAUGAGGACAGCAAAGACGGAGAUGAUGGCCAUCUUUCCCUCGACAGCGUCUGCUUUUGGGACCGUUUGGGCUACGGGUUCAGCGAUUAUGUAGAGGGUGGCAGCGCUGAUAUUCGUCUGCACACCGAAGUACUGAAGCGUGCGCUGGAGGGCAUGGGUGCAUGGACGCUGCCGCCGUCACAGCAAGACGGGAGUGCCGCCACAAAUGCAACACUCGCAGAAGAGCGGUACUUUGGCGGCCCAUUCAUGCUCGUCUCAACCGGCUAUGGCUCGCUGUUCGCGCGCCAUUUUGCAGCAGCAUACCCGGAUAUGAUCCAAUCGCUUAUCUACAUCGACGCAGAAACACCCACUUCCUGGUACACCGAGAGGGUCGCGCAACAUUCAGGGUUACGAGCCGGGUACCAGGCGCCAGGCCAUCGUUACGUUGGCCUGCUGCUGAAAGACAUCGUUCCUGCACUGCUCAGUCCACUCGGCAUCACCCAUCUCCUUGGCCUUUUGGCAGGCAGAGGUCCAGCAGACCGCAUCUUGUCGCCCCACUAUCGCGGUGGGUCCGCCGCAGACGACCUCGGUGGCGGCGGCUUCCGCAUCCUAGGCGCGGGCGGCUCGUCAACAAAGUUGCUCACGACUUCGCUGCAAGAGCGCCUCGAUGCGAAUCGGGGAACGAGCUCACGGAACUACAAAACGCUCGUCUCAACUGCGGUAUCGGAUGUGCAUGCAAACCAGCUGGCGCAAAAGCCCACGGCGGUGCUGUCGAGCUUCUGGAAGAUGCACCGCGACGUCGAGGGAUGGGGCGACGAACAGCGCUUGACCCUCGUGAAGCCUGCACUGGAGCAAGGCGGCCUCGUCGGCUGGUGGCGCGUAGGCUCGCGAAUGGCAGCACCGGGUGUCGGUGGCAGCGAUCGAGGCGGCGCGCAAGGUAUCUGCGAAGAGCCGCAGGGCAACAUUUUUUGCGCUGAGGCUGUCCGAAAGGUCUUGGCCGCCGCCGAUUUGGAAGAGCAACGAGGACGGCAGAAUUCCUCCGUGACUGUGUCAGCGGCAAUUUCGAAGGAAUACAACUGGCAGCAAGCGAUGGACGCUUUGACAUUCGACGUGUGAUCAAAGCGUGAUGCUCAUGUGUAUAACGAUCUGCCAGUUGUAUUGGUACGACACUGUAACUACUUAUUGUGAACUCUCGUACGCCCUUUAAUGCUUCAGUAAGCCCGGCCGCUUGC